UAUUUUCACUGAUAUAAGCGAUAACACAGAUACGCGAAAACAACCUGUCAACCAUGGACACCCUUCUAGAAAAGAAAACUGAAGUCACAGAGAGAUUAAAAAGAAGAGAAGUGGAACGUCUUGCUGAGUUACAGAAGAGAAAACAAGAGAAAGAAAAUAACAUUUCAACACUUGAAGGUACCAAGUAUUUUAUUGAGAAUUUCAACAAAGAGAAAUCCGAUAUACUACUUGCUCUAGAACAAGUCGACACGCGUCCUAAAAAUGAAAUGGUAACUGAACUUGACAGAAUAUCAGAGCGAAUUCAAGGUCUACAAAAGUUCCAUGCCGAUUCUACGAUGUUUCUUCCUUCAUAUGACGUAAGACAGAGCCAGGAAACUCUCGGUAAUUUGCAUACACUUAUUCAAGAAAAACGGGAUAAACUUUUUCCAAAGAAGAAGUUUGCCUUUUCUUCGAAAAAGAAAACUGUCAAACAAGAUGAAAAUAAAAAGGAAGAAGAAGUGAAAACUAAUGCCUCAAAGAAUGAGGACCAAAAUGUACAGCUUGCAGAUUGUACGAUUCAAAAGAAAUCCAAAGAAUGUGUAGAAAUGUCAGAGGCUGCCAUGGAAAAAAAGGAUGUGUCUUUAUUUGACAACAGCUUUUGCACCAUCAAGUUAUUUGGUGCUCCUUCGACUGUUCAUAUGAAGAAUUUGACUGAUUGUAUUGUUAUUACUGGGCCAGUGUCAAGUUCGAUUUUCAUCAGUGAUUGUAAAAACUGCACUUUUGUGAUAGCAUGCCAGCAACUUAGAACACAUUCAACAACAAAGUGCAAAUUUUAUCUGCAUGUUACAAGUAGAGCAAUCAUAGAAGAUUGCUCAGAAUUAGAAUUUGCACCAUAUAGUCUAAGCUAUAGCAAAUUAGAUGAUCAUUUUGUCACUGCUGGACUUGACAAAUCUAAGAACAAUUGGCAUGAUGUGGAUGAUUUUAAUUGGCUAGCCCAUGAUGUACAUUCUCCAAACUGGAAUAUCAUGAGUGAAGAAAAAAGAGAACAAUUCAAAUUUUGAAUUAUUUGUAGAAUAUUUUAGGAGGAGAAUUUUAACACUGAGUGUUUAUAUAACUAUGUAAGUUAUAUGAAGCAAAUACUGUACAUGUACAAUGAUCUGUUAGUGUAAUCUUUUUGUCAAAAAACCAUCUGAGGUAGCCUUUAAAUUUGUAUUCUGUAAGACUCUAUGUGAAAUCGCUUCAAUCAAAAUGAGAAAAUUUUAAGUCUCUAAUUUUAAUCUCAUGUAAGCCAAACCCCAAAGUGAAUUUUUCACAUCAAAUUCCAUUUUCUAUUUAGCAGUUAUUAGUUAACAUUUUAAAUCAAAAGUUUUCUUUAGAAACCAGAGUCACUUGAAAAAAAAGGAAAAGUAUUCAUGUGUAUUUAGCUUCAAAUGUUAAACAAAGAUGGCAGAGAAAUCCUUCAAAAUGCUUGUAAAAUGAUGUCCAACUGAAGAACAUGACUAAAGUACAUCUUUUAAUCCUGUAAAUGUUGGUAUUUAUGCUUGUUAAUAAAGCAAAUAAGUGAACAAU